CCCAUAUAAACCCCGGUUUCCUCUCACAAUCAUCUUCAGUUCUGCGCAGCCGUCCGCCACUUUCAUCACUUUUCUCUAUUGUUGGAGUAAGCCGUGAUCUUCGAUCUGAAUUCUACCAAGUUUGUUAGAUAUUUUAUAAAACUCGAAUGCUGAGCAUUGUUUUCCAAACAUAACUCCACCCAAUUAGUGGGAACAAGAGGGGUUUCAAUCAGUGCUAAUACAAAGCUUUGGUAGAUCCGUUGGCCUCUUUAAACAUUCCAGUUUCUUCGGGGUUUACAUAGGUUGCAGCGGUUUUCCAUCAAUGCUUAUAUUGAGAUUGAGAGUAUAUGUCAGGCUUCUUUAACGUCUACUUGUUGUUCUGGAGUUUGGAAAUUGCUCUAACAUUUUUAAAUCAAAGUCUCUUGAACAAAAACAUUUUAUUUAUGGAUAAACAUUGUUUCAGAUAAUUUAAUUUGUGAAAGAUAACAAAUGUACUUUUGAAAUAAUUUAAUACAUACUCCGUAAGUUGAAAUUGUAAAUAAUUUAAUGCAGUGAGUUAUUGAAAUUGGGAGCGAACAAAUGAAUUGUGAAAUUGAACUGACAUUGAAAUGAACUAGGUUUCACCCGUGUGAUGCACGUGAUGAGAUUUUCAAAUUACAAAUGAGCUAUAUCAAUUUUCAUAUUACAAAUGGGUGCACGCUAUAUAGCAUGGAUAUAUGACUGGCACAUCAUAUCUAUCUAUGUAUCACAACAUUCUUGCAUGAGACUGUUUGAAAACCAGACCCGAAUUGGCUAAGUCAACCCGAAAAUCUGUAAAUAUAGAAAUGGGCAAAACAUCAAAAAACGCGGGAUAACAAAUGUGGGAUGUUAGGGGGCUUUCUGAAAUUUGUGGCCUAACGGAAUAUCAAAUUUGAAGGGAAAGAUAGCUAACAUGAAGCACUCCUCCAAUACAUAUGUGAAUCUAUACUAAACUUGUUGACUUGUUGAGAAGUCAAAGUUCCCAACUUUUGUGUGUAAAUCACAAACUUAAUUUGUUAAUCCAAAUAGAACAAUAUAUACUAAAUUACAGAAAGCAUCAUUUAAUGAACAUAAAUGGGGAAAUGAAGAAACUAUGGUUAAAUAAUAUAGUAGUCACAAUGCCUACUAAUGAAAUUUUCCCUUUCAAUUUGACAGAUCAAGAAGCUUUGUUCUUAGCUUCUUCUAUCAGCUUUGUUCUCAGAUUCUGUCAUCAGGGAUAGAGAUUUUAAAACGUUUUGGAACUCAUAACAAUCAUGAAAGUCAUAAUAACAAAAAACAUAUGGUAAAACAGCCACCUCAAAUUUUGGGCCUAAUUCCCCACUGAUGAGAUGAGGUCUAGAGAGGCCACCUAAAGAAGCUUAACUCUAGACCUGCACAAACGCGGGUUCGGGCCGGGCUCGGGCCGGGCUUAUUCUAAAAAAUCUGCCCAUUUGUAGUGGGCGGGCCCGGCCCGGCCCGGUACAACGGGCCUCCUCAUAUGUCAAAGCCCGCCCAAAAGAGCGGGCCGGGCUGCCCGCCGGGCUUUCGGGCCCGGAAAAAUUAUCCUCUUUCUAUUUUUUUUUUAAAUCUUAAACGUUUGUAAAAUACUUUUAUGAAAUACACACACGAUUCUGAAAAAUAAAAACCAUUCAAAUCUAGAACUAACAUCAGUAUUUAAAAAUUUAAUCACAAUGUGCAAACAAUAAAUAAAAGUACAAUCAGAAUGUGCAAUGAGAAUAGUCAAAACAUAAAAGUAUCUUAAAAGACUUGAUAGGUGUUCAAUACAAAACAGUUCAAGUUUUAACUAACACGGGAUACUACUUUAUUGGUCCGAUCUAAUAGCAGUAGUUUGGCUAAGGUUUCAUGUUGGCCUUCCUUAAUGAUAGUAAUUUUGUGUGUAUAUAUAUAAAAUAUAAUUUAUAUAUAUAAUUAUAAUAUAUAUAUAUGUAUACACACAUUUAACGGGCCGGGCCUAUAUUAGAAUCCAAGCCCGCCCAUAAUUUAAACGGGUCCGGGCCGGGCCGGGCCGGUGGGCAAAACUGCGUGUCCAAACCCGCCCAUUUAUACUUAACUCAACGUUCCAUUAUAUGGCCAAUCUAUCAAAGACAAAAUCAUAUCACUUGAGUGGAUGAAAACGGAAAUGAGUACUCAUAACACUAAUGGCAAGUUUGUUUCUCUAAUGCUAUUUAAAAAAGAGGAAAAACGUGGAAGAUUAUUUCAUUAACAUUUUUUCUUCUGUGCAGGGACUUAUUGAGCCGAUUAUUUAUUCUGUUGAGCAUAAAGUUACAAUUGACCAGAAUAGCCAGCUCUUGCAACCGUUGCGUGCAGAGGAGAUAAAAGAAGCUCUAUUUUCUAUGCAUCCAGAUAAAUCACCAGGUCCUGAUGGGAUGAGCCCGGGUUUCUACCAGCAUUUCUGGGAUGUGGUAGGCCCCGAUGUUGUGGCGUGUUGUCAGCGGAUGUUCAAUUCUGGUCUAAUUCCCGAUGGGCUCAAUCAUACUAAUAUUAUCUUAAUUCCCAAGAAGGAUAGGCCUGAGACUAUAGCUGAUUGGAGACCGAUUUCUCUUUGUAAUGUUCUUUUUAAAAUUUUCUCCAAAGUUUUGGCUAAUCGAUUGAAGCCUAUUUUGGGUUAUUUAAUCUCUCACACUCAGAGUGCGUUUGUUCCUGGGCGGUCUAUCGUGGAUAAUAUUAUGAUUGCAUUUGAGGCUCACUAUUAUUUGCAGCGCAAGAGACAGGGUAUUGACGGAUAUGUUGCGUUGAAACUCGAUAUGAGUAAAGCGUAUGAUAAAGUUGAGUGGAAUUUUCUUGAGGCCAUGCUUUUGAGAUUG